AUGUCUUUCCAGCCACGCGACUACCAGAACCUCUUCCGCAUGCUCGGAGACCCCUCCCUCUACCAGAAAUACCAAAUCCCCUCAAACACACAACCCACCCACCGCCAACCCACCGGCUUCUCGCCUAACUUCGAUGUCUACGAGACUCCGAACGAAUAUGUCCUCGAGGGAGAGCUUCCCGGACUAUGCGACAAGUCAAAGGUUCAGAUUGAGUUCACGGAUGCGCAAACCUUGCUUGUGCGCGGGCAUAUUGAGAGGUCGCAUGAGCAGGACGCUCAGAGGAGGAAGAGCUUAAAGCCUACCGUUGAGGAUGAGGGUGAAGCUACGAAGAAGGAGCUGGCGAGAACCAAGGAGGCGGAUAAGACAAAGUAUUGGGUGUCCGAGAGAAACGUAGGCGAGUUCCAGAGAAGCUUCUCAUUCCCUGGCGCGGUCGAUCUAGAUUUGGUGAAGGCCAGUCUGGAGCACGGAAUCUUGAAGAUUGUAGUCCCUAAGAAGGUCCAGGCGGGAUCUAGGAAGAUUGAGAUUUCGUAG